AUGGGCCGCGACAAGUAUCCCCGCCAGUCGUUAGGAGCUCUACACUCUCAGAUAAAGCAGGCACGAGUGCUUCUCAUAGGCGCGGGCGGUAUCGGAUGCGAACUGCUCAAGAAUCUGGUCUUGACCGGCUUUGGCGAAAUUCACAUCAUCGAUCUUGAUACCAUCGAUCUGAGCAACCUGAACCGUCAAUUCCUAUUCAGACAGGAGCACAUCAAGAAGCCGAAGGCUCUGGUCGCAAAAGAAGUUGCCUCGAAAUUCAACCCAUCGUGUACCCUGACCGCGCACCAUGCCAAUAUCAAGGACACGCAGCUCUUUCCUCUGUCAUUCUUCCGAUCCUUUACUCUCGUCUUCAACGCGCUCGACAAUCUCGAUGCGCGCCGUCACGUCAACAAGAUGUGUCUCGCAGCGGAUGUGCCUCUUAUCGAAUCUGGCACCACUGGUUUCAAUGGUCAGGUUCAGGUGAUCAAGAAAGGCAAGACAGCAUGCUACGAUUGCACGGAGAAGGAAGUCCCAAAGACAUACCCAGUCUGCACCAUUCGAUCCACUCCCUCGCAGCCAAUUCACUGCAUCGUCUGGGCCAAAAGUUAUCUUCUACCCGAGCUCUUUGGUGUGGGCGAAGACGAGGAGACAUCCGAUCAGCUCGACACAAGCGAAGACGCCGAUAAUGCAGAGGAGAUCCGGAACCUGAAGGCCGAGGCACAAGCUCUGAAAAAGAUACGAGAGAGCAUGGGCAACGAUGAUUUCGCAAAACAAGUCUUCAACAAAGUCUUCAGAGAUGACAUCGACCGUCUCCGAGGCAUGGAAGAUAUGUGGAAAAGCCGCACUCGACCCACCUCCCUCAAUUACGAAGCGCUACAAUCGGAAGCCUCCUCGUCAACCGACGCCACCAUCUCCCCCUCCGACCAGAAUACCUGGACCCUCCUCGAAAACUUCGCCAUCUUCAAAUCCAGCCUCCACGCUCUCAGCAUGCGCCUGAAACAAAACGCCGGCAUCGCCAUCGCGGCAACCGAAGCCACAAACCCAGCAGCAGUACGACCCGUAAUCACAUUCGACAAAGACGACCCUGACACGCUCGACUUCGUGACAUCGGCCUCCAACCUCCGCUCACACAUCUUCUCCAUCCCCCUGCAAUCCAAAUUCACCGUCAAGCAGAUGGCCGGCAACAUCAUCCCCGCCAUCGCCACCACCAACGCCAUGACCGCCGGGUUGUGCGUGAUGCAAGCCUUCAAAGUGCUACGAGGUGACUACUUCCGGGCCAAGAUGCUCUUUCUCGAGAACAGCGGCGCGAGGGCCCUGAACUCAGAGCCCCCGAGACCUCCCAACCCCGAGUGCGCGGUCUGUGGUAUCGCGACGGGACAGGUGGAUGUGGACCCGGAACGAGCGACGCUGAAUGAUCUGGUUGAUGGUGUGCUGAAGAGCGAGCUGGGCUACGGAGAGGAAAUGACGAUCAUGAACGAGGUCGGCCCGAUCUAUGAUCCGGACAUGGAGGAUAUGCUACCCAAGACUUUCCGCGAGCUGGGGUUGCGAGACGAGACUUUCUUGACCGUCAUCGAUGACGACGAGGAGAAUCCGAGGGUGAAUCUUCAACUUGCAGUGUCGAGUAAGAGGAAACUGCCCGCGGGAUCGAGGCCGGUGGUUUUGGCUCCCACGACAGCGGCGAUGGAAGACGGAAGGCCUGAGGAGGCUGGACAGCAGCGAGGAACAUUGGAGAUUGCGAGGAAACCGAAGAAAGCUACGAGCGAUAGGCCGGAGGAGAUGGUGGAGGGGAACGGCGUGACUGUUGUGAUAGCGAAUGGGGCAGCGAAUGGCACGGGCACGGGCAAGGGGAAGGGGAAGGUCAAGAGAAGUGCGGACGAGGCGGGACUCGACGGGGCGGAUACGCUGAAGCGGAAACUGGCGGCAGACGACGACGGCACGGGGUCUGGAGCUGCAGGAGAUGCCUCUGUCGUCACCAACGACAGUACUAAAUCGAAUGGUGAUGUCGACGGCGACGCAUUGGGCUUCGACCGAGCUCAGGCUAUCAUGCUCGAUGAUGCAGCGGCAGGAGAUGGCUCGAUCGUCAUCGACGAUGAUUGA